CCGAGCCCGGGCGCCGGGGCGUCGCGCCCCCCAGGUCCCUGGUGGGCAGCCCGGGGAGUCCCUGUGAAGUCCAGCCCGAGGUCCUGAGACCUUGGACAACAAGCCAGCCCCUGGAUGGUUCCCUGGCCCGCAGACAUAGAAUGAAAGUGGCUGCGCCUCCCCUCUGACGUGCGGAUCCGAGACCUGCGCACGUAGGAAGCUGCACGGGGAAGGCUUAGCUUUAGGUCCAUGGCCCAAAAUGCCUCUACCACUGGAGACUCUCUUCUGUAAAGAAGACGACCAGACAGGAGGCUGGGAUGAGCAUGCCACUGCAUCCACUGUCUGCCAUUCCUUCUCAGGAUGCCACCUGUUCUAGAGUCUACAGGAGUAAGACCAAAGAAAAGGAGAGGGAAGAGCAGAAUGAGAAGACUUUGGGACAUCCCAUGAGUCAUUCAAGUAGCAUUUCUAAGGUCGGGGGUCCUCCGCUGGUGUCGGCUCCCGUGCCCGCCUUCUCUCGCUCUUCUGUCACACCUUCCAGUCAGGACAUCUGCAGUUCCAGGGCAGUGUGUUCUGGGUGUUGUCACCACAGCCCCAUGCAGGCUGCUGUUGUCCUGAAAGCGGCUCGGGGCCCGAGCUCUCUGGCGCCAGGGCUCACAGUGACCGUGCUCUGUGCAGACACACUGCCCGCGCCACCGAGGACCCCCGGCGGCUCCGAGUGGGCCCCGGCCGUGAAGCCUGCUCAGAGCAGCAGAGCCAGAAGGACGCUCAAGUGCUCCAAGUCCCUGAACGAUGUGGGCGAGAAGGCCCAGGACAGCGUGGGAAACUUUGGCUAUGUGGAAAGAACGUGCUCUGAAGGGAAGCUGAUACUCUCUCAAGAUCCGUGUCUCAGAAUUAACAGGUUCCAUCAUAAACAGAAAAGAACUCUGAAUUGCAAACCUCUUGGCCCUUCCAAACAUCCUUGUGUUCCAUCCCUAUUUGCCAAUCGCCCAGCUGCCUCAGAGGUGGAGGGUGGCAGGGGGGGCAUGCAUGUCCCUCUUCUGGAAGAGAAGGCAGAUGAGGAGGCCGUUUCCAGAAGCCGGCGGCUGCUCAGGUACCUGUUCUCCCUCUCGCGUGGCUCGAGCGCCAGCAGCCUGCACAGGUUCCACGAGCUGGAGAGCGGGGCGGCCCACCUGCGCAGCGCCAAGUCCUCCAGCGGGCUGGCCGGCAGCGCGGGCUUCUGCUCCGACGACAUGGGAGAUGACGACGUCUUUGAGGACAACACAUCCGCAAGAUCGAAGAGGAGGGCCCUGCGGGCACCCCUCUGCUCCGUGGAGAAGGACAGUGACCUGGACGGUUCCUCUCCCCUCUCUGAAAAAUGCCCCCCCAUCUCUCCCGUGUCCACGUCAGGGGAUGCCUGCAGGAUCUGCCACUGUGAGGGGGACGAUGAGAGCCCUCUGAUCACGCCCUGCCACUGCACGGGGAGCCUGCACUUCGUGCACCAGGCCUGCCUGCAGCAGUGGAUCAAGAGCUCCGACACGCGCUGCUGCGAGCUCUGCAAGUACGAGUUCAUCAUGGAGACCAGGCUGAAGCCGCUGAGAAAAUGGGAGAAGCUGCAGAUGACGGCCAGCGAGCGCAGGAAGAUCAUGUGCUCGGUGACGUUCCACGUCAUCGCCAUCACCUGUGUGGUCUGGUCCUUGUAUGUGCUCAUCGACCGCACCACCGAGGAGAUCAAGCAGGGGCAGGCGACAGGAAUCUUAGAGUGGCCCUUUUGGACUAAGUUGGUGGUGGUGGCCAUCGGCUUUACGGGCGGACUUCUCUUUAUGUACGUUCAGUGCAAAGUGUAUGUACAAUUGUGGAAGAGACUCAAGGCUUACAACAGAGUAAUCUAUGUUCAGAACUGUCCAGAAACAAGCAAAAAGAAUAUUUUUGAAAAACCUGCCCUCUCGGAGCCCAACUUUGAAAAUAAAGAUGGGCGUGGAGUCUGCCAUUCCGACACCAACUCCAGUUGCACAGAACCCGAGGACGCCGGAGCGGAAAUCAUCCCCGUCUGAGGGGGAGGGAGUGGCCUUCCCGGACGUGCCAUCACGUACCUUCUCCCCCGUGCUGUUAGCACAGCCCGGCCGGCCACUGUUGUCGGUGCUCCUCUUCUCCUCAGCCCUCCUUGCUGGAUCUCCUGGGGAGCUCACGGAGGCCGUGUGCCUGGGCACCACUCCGCAGCAGGCCUAUUGGGGGGUGGGGAGGCAGAGCCCAUGACACCCGACGGGGAGCUGGCAUGGUCUUGAGCAGAAGGAGAGAAUAAGGUGUCAGGCUGAGGAGGCGCAGGAGCAGGGGGGCACCAGGCCCUGAGGUGCAGCUCGCCCGGGUGGCGGCAGGCCCAGCCUGGCUUGCAGCGCUCGGAGUGUCGUCACGGUGCGAGGACCCCUCCUCCCGGGAGACCCAGAGGUGCUCCCACUGCCCACACUGCCUGCGUCCUCCCCAGCAGGUGGCCGUGGCGCUCUGUGCGUGGUGGCAGGCGAGCCACUAAGCAAACAGCACUUUACAAAAGGAGAAUCUUAAUUUUAUGUUUCCAGUAAGACUGAUAUUUAAAAGAAUGUUUCAUUUGGAAACCUCUUCACGACCCUGACGAUCACUUCCAUGUUAUAAUAGAUCUGAAACCCUCUCUGCCUUACGUAUUCUAAGAAACAUGAUAUCUCCUCUGUGUCCAUUAAAGGGACUUGUGACCAUAAAGCAGGA